GUAUUCCUGGCUCGUUUCUGGCAGCCGCUGCUCCAGUGUAUCCUGUCUACUCCUGCUCCUUUCCCCAUUGACCCCUCGAACCCUCUCAAGACCCAGUCGAACGCGGGCAGUGAUAUGUCGAUGAUGCUCUUCGUCCAGCCAGAUUGCCCGUCCAGGUUUGCCUAUCAGGACCAGCAUCGUAUAAAGGGACUCAACGCAGAGACAUUGGCGAGGGUCUUCUUACCUGCCCCCUCCUGGAUUCCGACACCCGAGUAUGCGCAACUUGGGUCGGACUCCGACAACCACUCCAGCUGCAUCUUCUUCAGCCUCAACCUUUUCCAUCUACAAUCAACAAGUCGUUGCAUCAGAAUGGACCGAGCAAUGGUUCUUCAUGAACGGUCGUAUUCACCCGUACGCCCUGACCUGGGAGGUUGAACAGCGAGAUGGUCUCGAGUCGGAUACUGGCGCCAUCACACAAUACACAAUUCCGGUCCUUAUUGUCAAAAUCACUGCUCAAAUCAAGAGGACGAAGGUCUCAGUUAUAUACAAAACAAUGGUGUCCAAGGCUACCAUCCGUAAGCAUGCUCCACCUGUGCGCCCACCACUUCCUGUCCCGCCCUCUACUUCUACGUCUGCUUCACUCGAACCGAGUACUCCGCCGGCCAAGAGAACAAUCCCUGACUAUGGCCAGACCCCUGCGAAGAAACGACACCUGUCUCUGGCCUCUUCUAGCACCAUUCCCUCUUCUCAGAGCCACGAGUCUAUCAGAUCCCUCACCGUUUCGGCUUCCCCACAAGAUGAGCUUGAUGUAUCGGAGGCGGAUGUUGCCACUACCUGUCGUCCAGAUCCGCCCAAAUCUGAUUCAAUCACAGCCUUCACAUCAGACUCGCCCCGACCGCAUCGCAACCGUCAUCCCUCAAAGAAAUAUCAGGAAGUCGAGUAGGAAUCCGCUCGAAAAGUCCUCUUAUCGUAGCAACAAAUAGUCACUUC